GCAUGUCGUUGGUAUCGAACCCUUAACGAUCGAAGAUUUCUCGUUAGCAUAGAAAGAGAAACGGAAAUGUCUGAUGAACCAAGCGAACCAACACCAGAAAUAGAUCCACACAUCAAGGCUUUUAUUGAAAAUGCAUGUCAAGCAACCAUAACGACAUUAGUCGAAAAAGUCAAAGAUAUAAUGAACCAACAAGCAGAAACUCAAAGAUGUUGGAAUGAACAGUUGCAAAAAACAAUAGAUGAACAUUUCAGUAAGCUAGAACAGGUUGGUUUGGUUUUCAAUGGUGAAAGCUUAAACGUCAAUAGCAUGGCUGCUGAAGAGGAACGACCCAACCAGAUGACCCGGCAACGAUAUGUUCAAACUCAGAAACGAGAGAUGACUUACCUCAAGGAACGAAGAUGUUACAACAAUUCGGGAAUUAGCCCUAGGCCUAGACAAAAUGAAAAUGCAGAGAAUAAUAAUAGUUAG